CUUCCUCCUGGUUCGCUCGGCUUCUUCUUUCUCGAAGGCGCGCGCCAUUCGGAAGAGAUUGCCAUUGCCAGACAGCACAAGAUGUCGUCUAUCACUCGCGGUACCCGAAUAGCCUCCCAAUCGCUCCGCUUACUACCGAGGAAUACCCUGGGCCUGCCCUUGGGGCGAGCAGCAGCAGCAGCAGCGGCGAAAUUCGGAGCUGCUACGAGACCGACACAUCCCUCCAACCUUGCACGCUCCUCUUUCUCCGCCUUCUCCACCACCGCUGCCUCACAGUCUGCUGCCGCAAUGCCUCAAGAAGCGAGAGAGUACGACCCCGAGAUCAAGGAUAUCGCCAGCUAUGUCACCAAGCCAAUUAAAUCUGACUUGGCUUUUGACACUGCACGAUGGGUCUUCCUAGAUACUCUGGGCUGUGGGCUUGAGGGUCUGCGAUUUAAAGAGUGCACCAAGCUGCUCGGCCCCGUCGUUCCCGGCACCGUCGUCCCCAACGGCACCAGGGUGCCUGGCACCGACUUCGUCCUCGACCCGGUCAAUGGCGCCUUCAACAUCGGCGCCGCGAUCCGGUGGCUCGAUUACAACGACUGCUGGCUAGCCGCCGAGUGGGGUCAUCCGUCUGACAACCUCGGUGCUAUCCUGGCUGUGGCCGACUGGGUUAACCGCACUAACAAGGCCGGCGGUAAGCUCGCGGGAGGCAAGAUCUUCACCAUCAGGGAUGUUCUCGAGGGCAUGAUCAAGGCACACGAAAUUCAGGGCUGCCUAGCAUUGUUGAACUCGUAUAAUAAGGUCGGCCUCGACCAUGUCGUGCUCGUCAAGGUUGCCAGCGCGGCGGUCGUCUCUCACCUGCUCGGGUUGAGCGAGAAGCAGAUCUCCGAUGCCGUCACUCAGGCUUGGGUUGACGGCCAGAGCCUGCGCACCUACCGCCACUCGCCAAACACCAUGUCUCGGAAGUCGUGGGCCGCUGGCGACGCUUGCCAGAGAGCCGUAAACCUAGCGUUGAAGGUGUUGAAAGGCGAGCCCGGUGUCCCUACCGUCCUGUCGGCGCCGGUUUGGGGAUUUUACGACGUCCUGUUCAAGGGCAAGAAAUUUGAGUUCCAGCGUCCUUACGGGAGCUACGUGAUGGAGAACGUCCUGUUCAAGGUCUCGUAUCCAGCCGAAUUCCACUCGCAGACCGCCGUGGAGGCUUCCCAAAAGAUCUACCACAAACUUAAGGAAUUAGGCAAGUCGGCGGCCGAUAUCAAGAACAUCACGUGCAGGACGCACGAGGCGUGCAUUCGCAUCAUCGACAAGCAGUUCAAGCCGAUGGACAACUUCGCCGACCGCGACCACUGCAUCCAGUACAUGUGCUCGGUCAUGCUCGUGUUUGGCCGGUUAGAGGCGACGGAUUACACCGACGGUGGCGAGGCGGCGACGUCCCCCUUGGUCGAGUCGCUCCGCAAGCGGAUCAAGUGUGUCGAGGACCCCCAAUUCACCAAGGACUACCACGACCCAGAGCUGCGGACCAUCUCGAACGCUCUGACGGUAGAGCUCAACGACGGUACCGUCCUGGACGAGGUGGUCGUCGAAGCUCCGCUAGGCCAUCGUCUAAGAAGGGAGGAAGCGAAGCCGCACAUCCUGGCCAAGUACAAGCGGCAUCUGGAACCGCACUUCUCUGACUCUCAGGUUAAGGAGCUAGUGCAGCUAGGAAUGGACGGCAAGAAGCUAGAGGCGACGCCCGUCGACGAGUACGUCGACAAAUACGUGGUGAAGAACAGCCCUUUCGUGUAGACUUGGGGGGGACGAGUCGAUCGCGAGUUGACCAUGGGACGAGCGUUAGGAACCAAUGUUGUAAUUAACAUACCUCGUACCGUCAUCGCACCGGUACCGCAUACUUACCUACUGCUCACUCACCCAAUCUAUCUUUGGUUGCUGUCCAGCUUAGGGAGGACGGCAUUGAGGAGAGACGGUAUCCA